UAUUUGUUUGCUUAUUACAGAAGCCAAUUAGACUCUCUCUCGGACAAACAAAAAAAACUCAGUCACAAACAAAGUGAAUGUGACAAGCAGAGAGCAGAGAAAGAAUCAUGGCAAACUUGAUGCAGCAACAUCAAGUUAAGGAAACAUCCUCAAAUCAUGAGACACAUAAAUCUUCUGGAUGGAGAAAGUUCUUGCCAUAUAUUGGUCCUGGUUUCCUUGUUUCAUUGGCUUACCUUGAUCCUGGAAAUAUGGAAACUGAUUUGCAAGCUGGAGCUAACCACAAAUAUGAGCUGCUGUGGUUGGUACUAAUUGGACUCAUAUUUGCACUUAUAAUUCAAUCAUUGGCUGCAAAUCUCGGCGUAACCACCGGAAAACACCUUUCAGAAGUAUGUAAAAUUGAGUAUCCACUAUUUGUGAAGUACUGUUUAUGGUUAUUAGCAGAGGUUGCUGUCAUAGCUGCUGACAUACCUGAAGUGAUUGGGACAGCUUUUGCCCUUAACAUACUCUUCCACAUCCCAUUAUGGGCAGGAGUUCUUUUGACUGGCUGCAGCACUCUCUUGCUUUUGAGUCUGCAGAGGUUUGGGGUGAGGAAAUUGGAACUACUGAUAACAAUUCUAGUAUUUGUAAUGGCUGCAUGUUUCUUUGCGGAAAUGAGCUAUGUAAACCCCCCAGCUUCUGGUGUACUAAAGGGAAUGUUUGUGCCCAAACUCAGCGGAAGUGGAGCAGUAGGCGAUGCCAUUGCCCUUUUGGGUGCCCUUAUUAUGCCGCACAAUCUUUUCCUCCACUCUGCGCUGGUGCUAUCUAGAAAAGUACCUAGUUCUGUACGAGGCAUCAAUGAUGCAUGUAGAUACUUUCUAUACGAGAGUGGAUUCGCUCUGUUUGUAGCGUUUUUAAUCAAUGUUGCAAUGAUUUCUGUGUCGGGCACUGUUUGCUCUGCCAGUGACCUUUCUGGAGAAAAUGCAGAUCGCUGCAACAAUCUUACCCUUAACUCUGCUUCUUUCCUUCUCAAGAAUGUGUUGGGACGAUCAAGCUCAACCAUUUAUGCCAUAGCACUGCUUGCCUCAGGACAAAGUUCUACCAUCACAGGAACCUAUGCAGGACAGUACAUUAUGCAGGGUUUCUUAAACAUAAGGAUGAAAAGAUGGAAAAGGAACUUGAUGACUAGGUGCAUUGCCAUAGCACCUAGUCUUGUUGUUUCCAUCGUUGGCGGUUCUUCUGGCUCUAGUCAGCUUAUCAUCAUCGCAUCAAUGAUACUUUCUUUUGAGCUUCCAUUUGCUUUAAUUCCACUUCUUAAGUUUAGCAGCAGCAGUACCAAGAUGGGACCUCACAAGAAUUCUAUGAUUAUAAUUACUAUCUCAUGGAUACUAGGCGCUGGGAUCAUUGGUAUAAAUGUGUACUACCUCAGUACUGCUUUUGUGAAGUGGCUAAUUCACAGUAGUCUACCAAAGGUGGCAAAUGUGUUCAUUGGGAUUAUAGUGUUUCCUCUAAUGGUAAUUUAUAUUGUCUCAGUUAUUUACCUUACCUUCAGAAAAGACACUGUUGUGACAUUUAUCGAGACGAAGAACGACACAGUAAUGCAAAGCAACGUGGAAAAGGGAAUUAUUGAUAAUGGUCAGUUAGAGUUAAACCAUGUUCCUUAUAGACAAGACUUAGCUGAUAUUCCACUACCAGAAUAAAGGAUUAAGGCUAUGAAUCAAAUCAAAUGCAUCACCAACCAAGAAAUGUUUUUUUUUUAUGUAAACUAGAAAAUUCAACAUAGCUUGUGAUGAUUUCUAGUUCUCAAAAUGCUAGAAAUUGAUUGUAAUUUUAGGACCCUGGGAAUCCUCUUUUGGAGUUUACACUCAUGUGCUAGUAGUGUAUAGUAACUAUAGAGUUGAGGUGAGUUUUAUAGUUUUGGUAAAAAUAUACAGAAAUUCGAUGUUUCAAUUAGAUCUUAAUAUUUAUGAUAAUAAUUCGAGAAAAUUUUCAAA